AUGUCCGAACCACAAAGCUCGUCUGCAAAUGCUCAGGGAGCUCCUGAGACAGCGACCUGGGACCCAGCUGGUGAAAAGACGGAGAACGGCACGAACGGCACCACUCCUGCUUCCACACGUCGGCCUCAUCAGGCCACAGUUUCUCAAGUCUCAGCCCCAGUAUUUACUCAACUAGGUAAUCCGGGUCCCCUAGGGUUGCUCGCCUUCGCAAUCACGACCUUCGUAGUCGGUCUCCUUGAGUGUGGUGCCGGCCUUCCUCACUCGGACCCAUCCGGCAAUAUUGGUCCCAAUCAAGCCUCAUUCGGAAUCGUGGUAUUCAUGGGCGGUACUGCCCAGAUUCUCGCGGGGUUGAUGCAAUUCCGUGUUGGCAACACUUUUGGUACCACAGUCCACUGUUCCUACGGCGCAUUCUGGCUGAGUUACGGAAUGUUUAUGCUCCCGUACCUUGGUAUCGAAGCUGCCUACAGGGGUGACAAGAGGGCCUAUUCAUUUGCCAUUGGUAUUUAUUUGAUCCUGUGGUGCUUCCUGACAUUGCUCUUCUUCAUCGCUGCACUCCGGACUAACCUUGCAAUUCUUUCUGUCUUCUUCUUCCUGAUUCUCGCAUUCCUCUUCCUUGGCCUAGCCGAAUUUACUGCUACGGAGCAUGCUACUGCCAGCAGGAAUUUGAAUAAGGCGGGUGGGGCUUUUGCAGUUGUCUGUGCCUUUUGUGCCUUUUAUGCCGGUGGGUCAGGACUGAUGGUGCCCGAGACUACCUGGGUACGAUUCCCGCUUGGCGAGAUCUCAAGGGUCUAA